CAUCGGACAUCGCGGUAGUGAUUUUGUGUUGUGGCGCGCAGCACGUUUUCAGUGUUACUAGAGCUGCUACCAGUCGCGCCAGCGUCGUUCAUUGUCGUCGUCGUCAUAGCCGUCGUUGUCGGCGUCGUGGUCUCGGUCUUGGUUGCGAAUUUCGCGAGGGACACAUUAGUGAUCGAACAGAGGUGAACCAAUUUGCACAGAAGCUGAGGAAGUUGGCAGAGAAUAGUGACUUAAACGCGCGAAGAGUGACUUAUUUUAAGCCAGGAUGAAGCGAUUUGCUGGAUUAAUCCUGAGCCUGGGACUUGCUGCACUUUGCAGUGCUGCCAGCAUUCCCCAGUGUCCGGAACCGUACGGAGAGCAAGCCUACCUGCAUCCCGACCACUGUGACCAGUUCUUCCUCUGCACGAACGGAACGUUGACGCUGGAAACGUGCGAAAAUGGUCUGCUGUUUGACGGCAAGGGUGCCGUCCAUAACCACUGCAACUACAAUUGGGCCGUCGAUUGCGGUGCGCGUAAGUUCGCCACCGACCAAACUCCUCUCUCGACUCCGGCCUGCGAGUACCAGUUCGGAAUCUACCCCGAUAGCCACACUUGCUCGACCACGUACCUGAAGUGCGCGUACGGUGAACCACACCAGGAGCAUUGCGAUGCCGGACUCGUCUACGAUCACCGUAUCCACGGAUGCCAGUGGCCCGACCAGACCUUAGAAAACUGCAACCCAGAGGCCGUGAUUGGAUUCAAGUGCCCGACCUCCGUCCCGGAGAACUCGAUCAACCACCGUUUCUGGCCGUACCCAAGAUACCCCGUGCCCGGAGAUUGCCACCGUCUGAUCACUUGCGUCGAUAACCACCCACGUUUGAUCACCUGCGGAGACGGAAAAGUGUUCAACGAAGAAUCGCUUACCUGUGAAGAUCCGGAAGAUGCCCCCUAUGCCUGCAGACACUAAACCGUUUCUCAUUUUCUCGAUAUGUUUAAUUUUUCUCCUUGAGAUAUUUAUUUUUGUUUUGUACAAUGACAAAUUCUAUACUGUUUCCAGUUCAUGCAGUUGAUGUCGAAUUUAACUUUUCAAUCUUUGAUCCUAAGUAGAAAAUCUUUCAGUUUGUUACCACACCGUCAGUUCCAGAGUUGUUUAAAUUUUAUGUACAAUGUUUAAUUUCAAUAAAUAAACCGGAAUAUUAUCCAA